UGACUGUGUACGGCUAGCCGGCUGGUAGCUUUGGCAAUGUUGUCAUUAUCAGAAUGAUAUCGCAGCGGGACAGAGGAGAACUUGCUCGGUUUUACACUGUCACGGAUCCUAAAAAGCACCAGAAAGGCUAUACUGUGUACAAAGUCACCGCAAGGAUAAUCUCCAGGAAGAACCCUGAGGAUGUCCAAGAGAUAACAGUAUGGAAGAGGUACAGUGAUUUCCGUAAGCUUCAUCAAAACCUCUGGCAGCUGCACAAGAAUGUAUGUAGCCAGUCGGAGCUGUUUCCUCCCUUUGCCAGGGCCAAAGUUUUUGGCCGUUUUGAUGACUCAGUAAUUGAGGAAAGAAGACAGUGCUCUGAGGAUCUGCUGCAGUUCUCUGCCAAUAUCCCUGCUCUCUAUAGUAGUCAGCACAUCCAAGACUUCUUCAAGGGAGGUGAGGUCCACGACGGCUCAGAGCUCAUUGGACCAGCUGAGCCCUUUUCCGACUUCCUGGCAGACAGUUUAUCAGACUGCAGCUCUGACGUCCAAAGAGACAUCAGUGGAGCAGAUGAUUUGACUAUCACAUCUGAGUAUGGAGGCCCGUCCAGUGACAGCGACCUGACCUCCCUGGCUGUGGAUACAGACUCAUUGGCUGGGCUGGAUGAUGGCAUGGCCUCAGGCCGCACCUCCCCAAACCAGCCACAGGGGGGAGCCACCAACAUUAGCAGCAGCUGCAGUCCUCGCUUGCCCUCCCUGCACGAACGCCGCACUCCAUCUCCUGCCCCCAUCCCUGCCUCCUCAGCACCUAACCCAGAGGUCAGCUGGCCAGGCCGAACGCCGCUCUUCUCUGGCAGUCUGAAAAAAGCCAGUGGUGGCAACUCGAAGGACGUUAAGUCGGACUACUUAGACAGAGCCAGUGAGCUCAUCCAUUUGGCUGUACAGAAGGAAAAAGAGCAGGACUUCCAGGCAGCUUUCUCCUGCUACCGCAGCGGAGUGGACCUGCUGCUGCAAGGAGUGCAAGGCGAGCCCAGUCCCACGCGGCGAGAGGCAGUGAAGAAGAAGACUGCGGAGUAUCUGAUGCGUGCAGAACAGAUAUCCAGUCAGCAUCUGAGAAGCAACAUGGGUCAAGGAUCAACACAGACAGUGGCUUUGGGGGCGCAGUGCUGCCCAUCCACCAGCAGAGGAGGCCAGCAGGGUCCGUCCGAGGAGCUGAGAGCUUACAGAGUGUUGGGGGUCAUAGAUAAGGUUCUUCUGGUCAUGGACAAGAGAACACAAGAGACGUUCAUCCUCAAAGGGCUGAGGAAGAGCAGUGACUGUGGGCGCACUAAGAGGACCAUCAUGCCUCACUCUGUGCCCCACAUGGUGCAUCUGAGGAAGUUCAUCGUCUCUGAAGAUGCGGUUUUCCUUUUGCUGCAGUAUGCUGAAGGCGGGAAGCUGUGGUCUCACAUUGGAAAGUACCUUCGUAAUUCCAGCCCAGAGGAGAGCUUUGACAUCCCUUUCAUCCAGAAGAGCCACACAGUGGCUGUACACUCUCCACAACAUGCCGUACCACAACUGGAUGUGGAUUCAGCCAGUUCUGGUUCUGGACCGGUUGCUUGUUCUGAUUCUGUUUCAGAGCUGCAGAAGGAAGGGGAGGACCUCAUCGCGUCUCCUCAGAAAACUGUUCUCCUUCCCAGGUUUAUUGAACAAAUUGGGGCCCAGUCAGACUCUGGAGCCACCUCUGAGGAAGAGUGCACCAACAGUUAUUUGGCACUUUGCAAUGAGUAUGAACAAGACAAAGUAGAACCAGAUGCACUAGAAGAGGAGGAAGAGAAGAGCGAACAGGAAAUGCUGUCACUGGAAGUGCCCAUUGCGACGACCACCACUUCCUCGCGUAGCCGCUCACUGCUUAGCAACGACAGCCUCUCAUCACCCAUGAGCUCUCAGGAACUUGGCUUUUUCACCGAGUUGUCCGACAAAAGUGGCCACACCCUUGACAUUGAGCAAUACCGCGGCGAGGGGCAGGAACACAGUGAAGUCUUCAGUCCUCUGCCCUCCCCUGCUGUGCCUCUGUCUUUGGAUCAGUCCAAACACACGCCUAUGGAGUUUUUCCGUAUUGACAGCAAAGACAGUGCAAGCGAGGUGACCUGCCUCGACUUGGGAGAGCAGCGCCCCUCUCUCAAGCAGGUCCCCAUCUUUUCUACGUCCGACCUGGGCUCGGACGUCACCGAGGAUCUUCCGGAGCUGGCUCAGGAGGUCAAAGGCCACAGCUCGGAGCUUUGGGGGUUGGACUGCAGCGAUAAAGGCUCCAAUGAGUCAGUGCCAGUCAUCUCAUUCAAAGAAGCUGUAGUCGAGGAUGAGGGUCACCCACCAGACCUUUUAGUCAACCUGCCUGUAAUGGGUGGGACUGUAGACUGUUUACAGGAGGAAUUAGAGACGUCGGGGGUGUGUGUGGGCCUCGAGGCCACAGCAUCUCCUCAGAAGUUUAUCCAGCCUGAUGUUUUACAGCUUCACAGCCAGUCUGAGGAAGGGGAGGAGCAGCCGCUGGAGCAGGAGCUGUCAUCUUUGUGCAUGGCCUCUGCAACAUGUGACACCAGUGUUGCAUCUUCCUCUCCCUUCAACUCACUGUGGGAUGACUGCAGCUUGGUGUUUGGGCAAGAGGCCUCGGACAAAAUGGCGGUUCACCCUGCAUGCCAAAAUAGUGACCUUCCCCUUGAUCUUCCAGUUACUGACUCGCUUAAUGAGAAACUAGAGGCCAGUACAAGAGUAAAUACAGACUUGGCUCCAACCUCCGGUGGCAACAGCGCAGGCUCUGUCCCAGCCACAAACGGGACCGAGUCCUGUGCAGUUGUUGAGAGUUUAUUAGGUCUUGAUGGUGAAUCAUCAAGAGUUAUUAGAAAUACAGGUGGCAGUGAAUUUGAUAAAGAAGUGUCGCGGCUGUUUGCAGAGCUGGACGAGCUGUCGUUGGCUGCAUCCCAAGCUCGGAUCCCGGAGGAGUUUGUGCGAUGCUGGGCCGUGGAGAUGGUGGCGGCGCUGGAUUCUCUGCACCAAGAGGGCAUUAUCUGUCGAGACCUAAACCCCAGCAACAUCCUGCUGGACCACCAAGGGCAUGUUCAGCUUACCUACUUUUGUAGCUGGAGUGACGUGGAGGAGUCCUGUGACAAAGAGGCCAUUGCCAAUAUGUACUGUGCACCUGAGGUGGGAGGUAUCACUGAGGAGACGGCAGCAUGCGAUUGGUGGAGUUUGGGCGCCAUCCUGUUCGAGCUCCUGACAGGCACGUCUCUGCUGCGGUGCCAUCCAGCAGGAAUUGGUCGCCACACCGCUCUCAACAUCCCCGAGUCUGUUUCAGAGGAGGCCAGGUCUCUGCUGGAGCAGUUGCUGCAGUACAACCCAAUGGAGAGACUGGGGGCAGGUGUGGGAGGUGUGGAUGAUAUCAAAUCCCACCCUUUUUUUGCCAGAGUGGACUGGUCCAAAUAGACGCUGUGCAUUGUGGGACUGCUGAAACCAUGGUUGCAUGCUGGGAGACUGGCUGUCCCGAAUGAACUGAUACAGUAAAUUUCUGCACACAUCUCCCAUUUCGUGUACGGUUAUUCAGUCCACGUGUACUUGUCUGGAGGGGUUUUUUUUGUGUGUGUGUGUGUGUGUAUGGAAUUUUCCAAGAAGCAGUAUUACCUUCCAUGUAAAUUGGCCAUUUCUUUAUCACAUAGAGGGUUUACUGUGCAACCUUUUUGGUGCAGGGAACACUUAAAACAUUGUGUGGUGCAAUAAUUUAUACAGCAAGUGCUGGGACUGAGUGAUGAUCCACUACGACAUUGUUGCUUUUACACUCCUCGUACAGUAGCUGUAAGCCAAAAUGACACGACAGAGAGCGGGAGGUGACGUUUUUGUGUUUUCAUGAAGUACUGCACGUGUCCCAUUCAAACUGACAGACUUAAGUCACCUCUCCCGAAGACCCACGUGCAAUACACUCGGUUUGUUGCCACCUACAACACUUGCAUCAUUCCUCAUGGAACCCACUGAGAUUAGCUGCGAGUGAGACAGGUAGAGCUUUUUACUUGAUGUGGAGGUUGUGUUGCUCUGAUUUGGAACAGAUAUGAUCUCUCAUUUCCUACAACACUGACUACAUUUACAUGCACUCCAAUAUUCCACUGUUAUUCUGAAUCUGACAAUAUUCCCAAUUUUAUGCCUCAUCAUGUUCUAUUCGGAUCCUCUGAAUUCAUCCUUACUCUGAAUGGAGCUUUUCCAAUUAAGACAUGUAGGAAAUGCCAAUGUUAUUUGGAUUAGGAGCAUUCUUUGGACAUGCGUACAGUGCAUUUAGAAGAUAAGAUAAGAAUAUACAUCUCAAUUGGGUUGUUUUUCACUGCAUUUUCUGACACAUGACCUCUUCCCAGUUCGGCUCUGUGCAUUGCAUAGCCAACACUUUACAAGGCUGCAUAGAGACGUAUGCGCAAAAAAAAAAAAAAAUCUGGUCGCAAGGAGAAACACAUCUACUUUUAGACAUCAUGAAAAACUUUGGUAUCACCAGGUUUUCAGAUAAGUGACAAUACUGCAGGGCCAACCCUUCUAAGAAAGUGGUUGGCUGAAUGAAAGAGGGAGGCUGUGUUUGUUAAUCAGAGUAUGCACGGCUGCAUGUAAAUUAUUAGUCGAAUAUUCACUUUCAUGAGCCAUGUAAACAGCAUGGUAGGAAUAUCAUCUUUUGGAAAAAGAGCAAAAAAUGAAAUGUUGUGCAUAUAAACAUAGUCAUUAUGAAACUUCCCCCAACCCCUUUUGCUGCCAACCAACCUACGUAUGCAGUAACAAAGAUGGACACUAUGCAAGGUGAAUGAACAAAAUACUAUGAGGUAGGAGGUUUUGUUGUUUAGUGAAGAAUUUAGUUGUUUUGAGAUUGAAUUAUUUAAUAGAUUAUAGCUGGAAAAAGGGCAAAGCGUAAGCCUUCUCCCCUGCAAGUGUGUUUCAUUCAUUCAUUCAUUCAAGAAGGAAUAAAGAAGGAUGAUGCUUGAACCACACAUUUGAAACCAGCCCUUUUACAGAUAGUAGUUGUUUUUAUGAGUAUCAGAGGAAAAUCUCUACUGUACGACACUGCUUUUCCUGCAUGGAAGAAUAUGAUUUAUGUGAUAUAUUUAAUACAAUGAAAAAUUUAUGGAACAAUAAAUAACACGUGUCCUGUAAAUAUACCUUAGAGAGGAUGUGCUGAGUGGGAAGGUGCACCCAGGUCUCGAAGCCUUUAUCGUGUCCGACAUGUCAAUCACUUACUGCCUCAUCAAUCAAAUCCUUUUUAUUUGAUUGUGUUUGUUGUGCUAACUUGCCACACAGAUCUUAAUGCUGAUUUUAUAAUAUGAAAAAUGACUGAAUGGUGUGGUAGACAUUUCCGCGGUUACACUACAUGCCAUGUAUCACUUGUAUAAUCAGAUGACACUCGAGCAUUAUUGGAGCCUAUAGUAACAAACGCAUCUUAAUACACAGAUAAUCACUCCACUGUAGAUGCUGCACUUUGUUGUACACCACUGCGCUGCGGAUUAAUACAAUUUACCUGGCAGGUACAGUAAAUUACCAGGUCCAUAUUCCACAAAUUAACCCUCUUUAUCAGACAUAAACAUCACAGUGGGAUCAGUUUUUUUUUUUUUUCUGUUUCCUACUGAAUGCUCACCCUUGUCUUUGCUGUAUGUUUGUACUGGUCUGUCAGUGCUGGAUAACAAUAAACAUACCUGGAUCAGUA